AUGGAGGACAAUGCGUCCGGACGCGAGCAUGGACGUCGUGACGUCAGGGCGCUUAGCUUUGCUGGUGAAAUAGCGCUCAGUCUGAGAAACAUUGCAAAUACUAUUUUUAUGAGAAACAACAAUGAGUUUACCACCGUUUGUCAAUUGUCCCCAUCUUUCAGCGCGGUCGGGCUGCCACUGCCCGCUGGCCGCCCGCCGCCGCCGCUAUGCAGGGGCGGAUAUGGGCUCGCGGGAACAGCAUAUGAAUGCCAUGUAGAAGAGUUUCUGUCAGCAUUCAACUGCAAACGGCUUAAUCGAUCUUGGCCCUCCAAAGGUACCAUCAGACAUCUCAAUGAGAUGCUAGCACCGAACACGCAUGCGCACCACCACCACCUGCGUCAACUUCUAGCCGUCCUCCUCCGCCGCGGCCACCCCAUUCCCCCACCCCCGGCGACCCACCCAGACCCUGAUCGGGCCUACCUCGCCACCAUCCGUGCAGCUGUCUCCACCCCACGCCUCGUGCUCGCUGCCUGCGCCUGCCUCCACCGCGCCGGCCUGCCCCCGCCGGGGCCCCGAGCGCUUCCGGCGCUGCUCCGCUCCGCUGCUCGCUGCGAGGGUGCUGGUGUGUACGUCGGUGGCGCGCACGCGCUGGCGGUCAGGGCUGGGUCACUGGACGAUGGGUUCGUCGGAACCGCGCUGGUCGGGGCGUAUGCAGCGUGCGGAUGCGUGGGGCACGCGCGGAAAGUGUUUGAUGGAAUGGCCGUGCGGGACGUCGUCUCCUGGGGCGUCAUGCUUGAUAGUUAUUGUCAGACUCGGAACUACAAAGAAGCUUUGCUUCUAUUUGCUAAGAUGAAGAAUUCUGGAGUUCUUCCAGACCAAUUGAUCCUUGCUACUGUUCUAUCAGCUUGUGGGCAUAUAAGGCAUUUGAGAAGUGGGAGAGCCAUCCACUCAUACAUGUUGGUGUCAGACAUUCUUAUCAGUGCUCACCUCAGUAGUGCUCUCAUAAAUUUGUAUGCUACUUGUGCGAACAUGGAGAUGGCAGAAAAGCUAUAUAAUGGGAUGCCAAGGAAGGACUUGGUAUCAUCAACUGCCAUGGUUUUUGGGUACGCCAGGACCAGAAAAGUUGAGAUUGCUCGCUCUAUAUUUGAUGGAAUGCCAGAGAAGGAUGUGGUAUCUUGGAGUGCUAUGAUAUCAGGAUAUGCUGAUAGUAACCAACCUAAUGAAGCAUUGAGUCUGUUCAAUGAUAUGCAAGAGUGUGGUAUCAGGCCUGAUGAAGUUACCAUGUUAAGUGUCAUAUCUGCAUGUGCUAGUUUAGGUUCCCUUGAUAAAGCCAAAUGGAUCCAUGCCUUCAUUAAGAAUAAUGGGUUGAAUAAGAUAUUGAACAUUUACAAUGCUCUUAUUGAUAUGUUCGCCAAAUGUGGGGGUAUUAACCUUGCAUUUAAUAUCUUCAAUGAAAUGCCUCAGAAGAAUGUCAUCACCUGGACAAGUAUGAUUACUGCUUUUGCUAUGCAUGGCGAUGGAAAAUCUGCCUUAUGUCUGUUUGAGCAGAUGAAAAAUGAAGGCGUUGAACCCAAUGAAGUGACAUUUCUUAAUUUACUUUAUGCUUGCUGUCAUGGUGGCCUAGUUCAUGAAGGCCGUUCAUUGUUUAGCUCUAUGGUUCAACAAUACGGGAUUGAACCCAAGCAUGAGCACUAUGGUUGUAUGGUGGAUCUUCUAGGAAGGGCUAAACUUAUGCAAGAAGCAGUUAAUCUCAUAGAGUCAAUGCACUUAGAGCCCAAUGUGCCUAUCUGGGGAUCUCUUUUAGCAGCAUGCUGGAUGCAUGGUGAUCUCAAGCUUGGUGCAUUUGCUGCCAAGAAAAUUUUGCAGUUGGAUCCUAAUCAUGAUGGAGCAUCAGUGCUUUUAUCGAAGAUAUACAUGAAAUCCGAUAACUUGAACGAUGCUCAGGAGGUGAGGGAAGUAAUGAAACUCCACAGGGUCUCAAAAGAAACAGGCUUGAGUUGGAUGGAGUUGAAUGAGCCUUUUCAUGAGUUUGCAGCUGGAGGUGAAAAAUAUUCAGAAUGUGACAAGAUCUUUCUUCAAAAAGUUGUGAAUUAA